AUGGUCCAAAAUAAUACAGUUGACCUUCAUGCCUAUGCCAUCCCUCUUUUACACGCUGCUAAAUACCCCUCCUCUGAUGUUUGUGGUGUUUUGUUGGGUCAACAUACUUCAGAUGGAUUACUAGUCAAGACAGCUAUACCAUUUUUCCACCACUGGACAACUGUAACUCCAAUGCUUGAGAUUGCUUUAAAGCAGACGGAUCUUUAUGCCAAGAAGAAUGAUUUAAGCAUUCUCGGUUGGUAUCAUGGCAACGCUCGUAACGAUGACACCGUGCUGCCAGAGAGAGCCAUCAAAGUGACAGAAACUAUCAAGAGAAAUAACCAAGAUAAGGCCAUCAUCUUUUUAAUCAACAACAAGCAAUUCACACACUUGGAAGAAGAUGAAUCUGCCAUCACACCAUUUGUGCAUGUAGACAAUCAAUGGAGAAAGAUCAAAGAACCCUUCACUAGCAACAACACAGAAGCUAAAUUGAACGAGAAAGAUACCUAUUCCAAAGUUCGCGGCUUGUUCAGCAGCAGUGCUUACAAUAGAAUUCAUGAUUUCGAUGAGCAUGUAGAUGACGUUUCAUUAAAUUGGUUAGAAACAAGCAAGAUGGCUUUAUAA